CGGCUGUGGCACAACACACCAAAAAAUUAUUGUGGCAAGUGCGAACUCGUCCCGAGUGCGCGCGAGUGGCAUAAAAUAUUUGAAAAGUUUCCAAAAUAUUAUAAAAAAUAUAAAUCAUAAAUCAUACAGAAAAUAAUAAACGUGCAAGAAUUAUGAUGUGCUUUAAGGAGUCGUCUAUUUUGUGGCUCUUGGCGCUGCAUUGCUGCAUAUCGUAUGGCGCAGCCAUACAGUGCUUUGUGUGCGAUUCGAGCGACAAUCCCAGUUGUGCCGAUCUCGGAUCCAAUUCGAGCAUAGUGGCGGAGACCUGCACUUUGGACAAAAUGAAGUCGCUGGACACCUGGUUGUUUGACCUGAACAAGUUCUCCUACUUCGAUAAUGGGGCCAACAAAAAUCCGCUGAUGAAUUGCCAAAAAGUUGUGGCCAGAGAUCCUGACAGCAGAAAGAUCGUGACGGCCCGCUUCUGCCAGCUGGACACCGGAGACUCGGAUGCCUGUGAGAUUCUGCGUAGCAAGUUGCGUAUCACCAAUGCGGGCGACAGCAAUCGAGAUCAGGGGCGGCGAGAGCGCGACCAACAGCAGCGACGCAAGGGCCAGCAGGGCUAUGGCUAUGGCCAGGAAUCCAACGAUAAUGACGAAGGAUCCGAGGAGGAUACCUUCUUCUGUGACAUUUGCAGAUCGGAUCGUUGCAAUGGUGCUGCGGCAGUGACGUUGACAUUGGGUUCGGUGGCGGUGGUAAUGCUAUUGGUAAACCUAAUGCCAGGACUAAUCCAGGACUGUUGAAGGAGGUGUUAGUGAAGGAUGGAUGGGUGGCCUUUUGGUGGAUUGUUGCUGGAUGCGUUGGUUGCAUUUAGGUUGAGUUACUGUUAGCGUUGCCGUUACCGUUUACUUUGUAAAUAUUUGAGUGCAAUGUCGUUGAUUUGAACAAGCCUCCCAGUCCCAGUCUUCAGACCCUCUACAGACCCACGCCAGCCCCUGCCCCACCUCUCUCUUUACCAUCACCCCCAACCCCCCCCCUAGACAUGUAAGAACACACACACACACCAAUACACCGAUACAAUCCCAGAAACACAGAUACAACUGCAAACACAGUACACUCGUACUCGUACCCAGGCACACUUAACUCAACUCAACCCGACCCGCAAAGAGAGAAAAGCUCAUUCGCUUUGAUUCCAAACAAAUAUGAAAACUUUCAAUUACCAGCAGUUGAUGAUGAUGGAUGAUGGAAGGAAGGGAAAAUGGACCUCAAAGGGAUAUGUUUAACCACAUACUACAUUUAUCCCGUACAUAUAUAUCAAGGAUGGAGGACCUAUUCCAUUAGCUCUUAUUGUAGCUUUAUUAUAUGUUGAUUGUUAUAUUGAUAAUUGUUAGUGGGGAAGAUGAGUGUAAGAAUUCACCAAUUGCCUUUAAUUUUCAUAUUCAUAGCAAGCAAUAUAGAUGGGAAUUAUAAACAUUAAUAAAUGUAUUCUUAGGUAACUUUAAAUGUGCUUCAGAGUCAGAGCAAAACAGCGCUAAAGGAAUUCCAAUAAAUAUUUUGUGUUUCUAUUGCAGAAUUUAUGGAUUAUUCCUUCAAUGCAAAAGCCGCAAAAGCACGCAGAAACAAUCAACAAAACAAAAAUAUUAUACAAAAAAACAACAAAAAAUGCGAAUUUAAUAAAAAAAAAUAUGCAAUAAAUGCAAUUAAAUGUUCAAUUAGAAAUCAAGCAAAAAGAAAUAUAAAAACCCAAAAGCAAUGCAUACAGAAAUCGAAUGAAAUGCAAAUUAAAAACCAAAAGCAAUGCAAUAUAUGAAAUAUAUAUAAAUUUAAAAUGUAAAACUGUCAAGGGAUGUGCACUGAGAUAUACUGAGCUUAGAUAUGCCCACCAGCCACGCCCACAAAAUACACUCUGAUUUUUAACCAAGCAAUCAAUUCUGUUUAGUUUUUAAGCGAAUAUUGGAGUGGAAGUAAGAUCGAACAAAAAUACUUAGCGAGCACACGAAUAAAUGCUGUAUGACAGUAUAACAAUAUUGUGUAAGAAAUUUCUGCGACGCGAUUGUGGGUGUAUAACAGUUAUAGCUGUGACUGUGUUUGCAUUACUCUUAUAGGAGGUAAAAUCAUUCCAUUAUGAAGUUUGCCACGAAAGACCAAGGUGGAAUCUCUUAUUGGCAUGAUCCUUGAGGAUCAACAUUCAAAUAUUGAAAAUAAUAACAGGUAUUUUUAAUUAUUUUUAUUUUAAUAAAGAUUCCCUAUUA